GUGGAAUAGUUUUUAAUGGUAUGCGUUACUGUAAAUUGUUUUAGUGUUUAACUUCUAAAGCUCAGUCAUCACAUAAUCCAUCUUCAAGAUAACCUUAAAAAUUACAAGUAAUUUUGAAUUCAAUGGAAAUUGCUCAGUUGUCUCACUAUGGAAAGGAUAAAUUCUGUUUCCGAAAUUGAUUUAAUUGAAGAUCGAUAUUAUCGUGAUAGUGCAAGCUCAAAGCAUAAUUUAUCUUUUGCUGGCUGUGGUUUUCUUGGAUUAUAUCAUGUGGGUGUUUGUUGUUGUAUUAAACAGUUUGCCCCUCAACUGUACCAAAAUAAACCAGUGUCUGGGACAAGUGCUGGUGCAAUAGCUGCAGCUUGUCUUAUAUGUGAAUUAGAUAUGGAUACGUGUGUUCAGUAUUUUUGCAAAAUUGUUGAAAAUGCCAAAUGGUAUACACUUGGUCCAUUCGAUCCACGGUUUAAAGUAAAUGAACAUUUAAGAGAAGGAUUAUCAAAAAUAUUACCAUCAGAUGCUCAUAUUUUGUGUUCUAAUCGUCUGUCUAUUUCAUUGACGUGUUUUGCUACAAGAAAGAAUAUAAUCGUUCGACAAUUCAAGGAUAAAGAUGAAUUGAUCAGAGCUUUGCUUUGCUCUGCGUAUAUUCCAAUAUUUAGUGGAUUUGUUCCACUAUCAUUCAGAGGUCAGCUUGUCGUCGAUGGAGGCUUAUCAGAUAAUCUGCUUAACAUCAAUCAACAGACAAUUCGAGUUAGUCCAUUUGCCGGUGACGCAGAUAUAUGUCCAUUGGAGUCAAAAUGUGAUCCACAGUAUAACAAUGCACAACCACAAGGUUAUGAAGAUGUAUUAGGUUCAAUUACAUUGUUGAAUCUUACAAUGCGCUUAAAUCUAACAAAUAUUAAACGCUUCAUUGGGAUGGUAUGGCCAAUGAAUUCUGAUCAGCUGGUUAAUCUAGCCACCCAAGGUUAUGAUGAUGCCUUACGGUUUUUAAUUACUCGUGGUUUCAUCGCUUGCCGUAUACAUCAAACUCCCAGAGAAUUCUCAAACAUUUCGCGAUCAAAACAACGUAACAAUGUAACGCGUAUUCGUCGUUUGCCCAGUGUUGAUGCCUUUUUAUACCGUAAAGUAAAUGAAGAAUCAGAUGGUUGUCGAAAAUAUUCCACUGAUCCAAGCUCUAAUCCAAACGUACCAAAAUUGACUAGAUCCUCUACUCCCAGAAAAGUAAUUCCUUAUUCCGGUAUUGGAUUAAAUGUCGCUAAUUGUCGUGCAUGUCAAGAUAAUCUAUGCGAAGCUAUCAAUUCUUCAUUUCCCGCAUCAUUACGCUUAGUAAUCAAAAAAGGCACAAAUCCUCCGCCGUCGUAUUUAAGAUGCAUUCAGAGUCGUGUUUUUAGUUAUGGAUCGUCUGUUUGCUCAUUUGGUUUUAAUUUGGUUAGAUUUCCUCUGAGUUUACAAGUCAAAGUCCUAAUAUGUGUCGUUUCCAAUAAUUCGUUAUGUGGGGAAGCUGAGAAAUCUGUUAUGAAUAUGUGAUUUCAAUGGAAACGUUCACUAGUUGAUGAGGGAAGUAGCCAUCUUGUAUAUAUUUUUUUCUCUUUAAUCAGUAUCGUUUCAGUCAGCCAUAGGCAGUGUAGUUAUGGGUGUUAAAGCCAGUCAGUGCUUCUAUAUGAUUCAGAAACUUGGCGCGUCACUUCCAACAGGCUUUAAAUUUUUAUCACCAGCUGCUUUCGUGGGCUUAAUACUGAAGAUCAGAUGGUCAGCCAGAACUGGACACUCAACAAGUGCGAUCUUAGGGUGAACCUGUCAACAAACUAUUGCCCAACAAAUAUGUAGAAAAGGAUGGAGAUGAGUUAGACUUACUCUGGUCAUCGCGAGUAGAACCCGAAUGGAAGACAACUUGCUUGGUGUAUGACGGGGGAGGGUGAUAUGAAGGAGAUCGCGUAUGAAAGAAAUGAAAUCUAAUGGGCAAUCGUGGAGGGAGCUAGAAAGAACUCCAGAGAACAGGGUGAAAUGGAGAUGUGCUGGUGAAGCCCUAUGCUUCACUCGGAACCCAAUGGAAUGAUAAUCAUGAUAUGAAUGAUAUCUAAUGCCAUACGAAUAUACAACAGUAAGCUCAACACUUGUAAAAAAGAGUAAGAAUGAAGAAAUUUACCCUUUAUGUGUUGCUCAACAAAUAAAUCUUGAAAUGUUUCAACUCUUUAUGCUUUUAUUAUCAACGUCUUUAUAAGGGAUUAACAAAAUACUACACUUUUGAAAGACGUCCGGUUAUCAUCCGAUGAUGGUUUCUUCAGUUUCGGUCGAGAAUUUAUUUACAACACCAAGAGCUAUACUGUUGUACUUAAUAUUAGGGACAUCAUAUUGAACAAAAUAUGAAAGCAUAUUCAAAAAGACAUUCAAGGGGUGUCAACACUAUUCAGAUGUUUACAAGCUUUGAAACAGUCGGAUGUCAGUAAUUACUAUCUGUUGAGUUUAUUAGACUUGCUCAAGCAAUCGUAUCUCUAUCUGGAGGAUUCAAAAGACAAGACUGUGUGCUCACCAGAUUAUUCAAAUUCUGAGUCAUCUAAGUACAGACGUUAUCAUUCAGUUCCGGAAAAAUUAUGUUCAAUGUUUUCUGUGAUAACUUCUGUCUUAGAGAAGGGAACUGAUAAUAUGAGUGAUUUAUUUUUACGAUUAAACUCUGUAGAGCUACCAACAGCUAAAGAUUGCGGUUUAGAAUUGCUUUCAUCCCCUCAUUCAACAAAAGAGUUCUGUGACCAGCUUAAAUCUAGUCUCAGUUCAGAAAAUAUAGCUAAUCAUGAGUCAGACUGCAGCCAGACAGAUUCUGGAUUCAAAGGGGAUACCGAAUACAAUGAAAACUAUUCUGUGUCAUCAAAUUAUUCACAUUCAAUUAGAACAUUCUCAUUUGGUGAUUUUGAUUCAAGUACACAGUGCUCAGCAUUUGAAAACUGAAAAAGUGCAACACAAGAUUUCAUUGUACUGAUUUUUUGCUAUUAUUUUUCAUACUUCAAUUGAAACAGAACAUUUUUCUACUUAAUAUAAUAGAUUUUGUUUUCCUCUUGCUUUAUUUUCUGUUAUCUUUCUCAUAUGAACUUACAAUGUUUCUCAGAUUAUCACUCUUUUUUAUGAUUUCAGCAUCGAUAUACUUUAACUGGUUUCUUCUAGUGCUUAUUUUUUAAUUAGUACUUGUUAUAAAUUUAUUGAUCUUUCAUACUGGAUGUUCGGUAAUGUAAUAAUAGAAGUGCUGAACAGCUUCCAGGUUUCUUAGAGUUUCUGUAGUACAUCUGAGUAGUCUACUUGUGUAUGGGUGUCUUUUCACAUAAUAAGUAUUUGCUAGAGCAUUCUGUAGUCGACACUUUAUGUAGUUUUUGAAUUAAAA